AUGGUACUUCAUCGUUCCCAGCGUCUCCUUGAUUUAAAGGUGGCAGCAGCCCCUCAGGCUCUCCCCCAAGUCAUUAGUUCGCCUACCACCACCCUGCCUGCAGCUUCCUCCUCCUCCUUAAUGAAUUCUGCCUCUGAGGAGCCUGUUUGGCCUCCCAUUUUCGAAAACUACUGUGCAGAAACCUUUGCAGCCAAUCUUGAUCCUUACAACUUGGACCCGCUCUCCAAAGAUCUAAACUGGGCCCUGCCAAUUCCCUUGCUUAUCAUGCCCCCAGACAUCCUGCAGAUUGAUCUGUCGCGGACACUGAUUAUUAACAGUCGGGCUUUUCAUCGUCUGGUAACAUAUGACAGCAUACGCCUAGCUAAGGCGGCUACCAAGGGUCUGAAGACACCAUCCUGCAUCUGUGGACCUCUCAGUGGACAAUGGGAAGUGUAUACUCCUACGAUACUAUGGAAAAUGUCGAUGACAUGCCAACGAGUGGAAAAUCGUGGUGAACUGGCUUUCUUUUGUGCCAAAGGCAAUAAUGGAUGUUGUUGGUGGCAACCUGUCAUGCACUUGUUUGCAAAUAACCAAGGACCAACUGAUGUACAGCCUUGCCUUGAAGAGGACGAGUUUGUUGGAUUCAGAACCAAGGACCUGCGUUUGACAAACCUUGAUGGCUCCCUACCCUCUCUGCCAUCCUUGACUGAGAGUACGAUCAGUCCAUUGCAUUCUGUUUGCGCCAUUGGGUCAGACAGUGCACAGUCCCCUCUCGUUCGUGCUCUUGAUGUGGCCUUCACAGUCAAUAGCAAGCGUCCUGCAUCCUCUCCACUGCUUUCAGGUAUCUCUAAAAAGUUUCGAGCUUCAGGAGCCUUGGAAAAAGGCCGCACGCCUAACGACUCCAGUCCCAUGUAUAAAAAGACGGUGUCUUCGAAAAAAAAGUACCAGCUGAGGCCAGCAUCUUUUCCCGUGGAUCUGGCUUCGCCAAGUUUAAACUUCGAAGGUGGUACUCCAGGAAAGCAGACUCCUGGUGAUGGUAUUUUAGAUGACAAGACGUCCAGCGAGAAUCGGGCAAAAAAGUCGUACCGUCUUACUGCACCACGCCUGCGCUUGAAGGGGGAAGGACCAUCCAAUGAAUCCCCAACCCCAGUGUCGCCGAUGCCAAAUGCAGAUGUCAUCGAGCUUACUGAUGAGUCCAGUGAUGAAAACAAGUCUAUCUUUUCAGGACUCAAAAGCCCGUCACGGGAGGUGAUCGAAAUAACGGAUGGCUCCUCAGAGGGAGAUCUUGACAAUAUGGAGGUUGACGAACUUGACAAUGUGGAGAGUCUGACUGUGGCUAACCAGACGUCGACUGAAGUCAUCGAGAUCUCUGACAACUCAGAGUCGGACAAUGAAAAACAAGAGGAGGCUAAUGUCAUUGUGGUUCCAACGGUGUGUUCCCGUGCACGCUGCAGCCACAGCAAAAUCCCUGAGGCCACAUUGGAGAGAAACAAGGAUGCUCUCCUCUCUCCGGAAGUACAGCAGAGAAAUUCUCCCUUUCUUGGUAGUGGUCUGGGUAUCACAGUAAUUCUUGAUCUAGGUGUCAAUUUAAGUCAGUUUGCAUGGAAAUUUUUCUUUGAGGUAUUUGCGCUUCUCGAUAAGCCCGGUCUACCAGGAAUCCUGGAGUUACCAGAAUUGGAUCUAGUUGUACUGGUUCAUGAUGGAGAGGACUGGGACUCCCUAUUCAUGCCAAAGUUGGUUCUCAUGUAUGAAAACGGAAUGAGUGUUACAGAGUUGGUGAAGUCUUGGGUAGAAGGUUACCAUGUCUAUUAUCAUUAUCAGGAUGCAGUAAUCAAGGUCGCUGAAACCAGCGGAAGUCAGUUAUACAGUAAAAUAUUUGCGCUGCCUUUGGCUGUCAGUGGUUUCUCACCGGUGGCCCUGGCAAGCAUAUCGAUAUCUGCUACGCCGACAUCUGCUACAACUUCAACCCUAUCUUCAAUGGUGAUCCCAACAGCACCCUCUGGCUAUCAAGCUCUCCCAUUGGAAAUCCUGAAAGAAGUCUGCUUGCUCUGUGAUCCACAAACACGACUGUCGCUUCGAGUUGUUGAUAGAAGUUCCAGAAUUGUCACCAGUCGUCACACCCAUAGGCGUCUAAAGCUCUCUUUACCCCCCAAUUGGCAGUCAAAAAAGACACCAUCCCCCUCGAAGUUCUCAGUUGCCUGCUUCGACGAGGAACUAGUGAUGGCUAUAUUCAUAUGGAUGUGGUUCGUUGGUCAAAGGGCCGUAUCAUUUUCCCUCACCAAUUAUUCCAUGAUGAAUAACACCGCAUUCUUCAUGAGACUCCUCCCCCAUUUGGAAACCCUUAUCAUUCAAGGAGUCCAAUGUCUGGUUGUCAACAACCCUCGGAUUCACUUCCCAUACAUAUGCCCCCGUCAUAUUCAGCACUUAGUCCUUCGUAAUGUCAUCUUUGUGGAUGUCGGAGUGUCAGCUCAUGCCGUGGAGAGCUUGAUGGCACCGGGAAUGGAGCUACGGACAGUGGAGAUCAACAAUGUCAUUCAUGGUCAUACACCUGUCUCCAUUCCUAACCCCUCACUGCUUCUGGUAUCUCAUUGGAGAGAGCGAUGGGGACUAUCCCUGGCAUGGGGUCCCGGCCCUACCUCACCCAAGCUCUUUCGGAUGGUACUUCUGGCUCCAAAUUUCCAAAAGUUGUCGAACACUGGCCCCCGUCCUAAUGGUAGACCACCAUUAGAAAAUUUUCAGCACCUGGUCAGGCAACUUUUCCGUCUCCCUCACGGUCGCAUGGAGCUAGCACCGUAUCUGGAGGACAAUGAAAUCUACCCCCGUUCAUUUCCUACGACGCACUUGACACAGCUGGAUCUGGGUUUGACGGAGGAAGUUCUGUCUUUGGGACGUCCUAUCUUGCGCCAAGCUCUGACUACGUACGAGCUCAGUUUUGCAUCAGCCAGUCAGACAUUCUCGCCUAUUGACUGGGAUUCCCCGACAGAAUACAUAUCCAUGAGGGAUCUCCAAGUACUGCAAGAAUUUGUACUCAUCACACCUCUGAGCAAUUUGUCGUAUGGUCUCAAAAUGGCGCAGAGCUGGUGGUCUCAAAGCAAGUUCCAGUCAUGGACGUCUUUUGAACUUAUAAUCAAGUUACCUCCAAACGACGCCCGCCCUUCUUGGGGCUAUAGGGCCACCCAGUUCCUGCGCGAUUAUUUAUCUGCCGGAGACAUAAAGAUUAUCCUACAAGGAUGCGACCUUCACAUUCAUGCUGGUAGAGAUGGCGCUGGACAGUUGAGAGUGGUCAGACAAGAGGACGUCGAGUAUGUCACCGACUUGGUCAUGAGCCUGAAGGAGGAUCCUCUCAUACAUACCAACCAGAUAGAGUGGAAAGUUUAG